AUGCGGGCGGCAUCUGAGGGCGUGCGGCACGACACGGCACCAUGCAGAACGCUUCUCACGCAGCCCCAUACAGCGGCAUCAGGCGGCGACCGUAAGUGUAGCGACAUGCACCCAAAGAGUUCUAGCAGCAGCGCCGAUACGAGCGGGUCAAACGCCGUGGUGGUCGCCGAGGUCCCCACCGACACCGCUGGCAGCAGGAGCUGGGGCACGAGGGCGUUGCACACUACCGGUGCCACCAGCAUGGCGUGGCGUGGCACCAUACGUAUCAUCGCCACCAGCGCUGCUAUUGCCGGGGUGCCAGAAAGACCCCGCUGUUUCAGCACGCGGGCCGCAAACGACACUGCCAUCGCUGCGGUAGCGCCGUCAUCCUCACCGUGCAUCUCGCCAAGCGCGAGCACGACGCCACUGAGGUAA